AUGAAGAUUGCAGUCAUCGGACAGAGCUUGUUUGGCCAGGAGGUUUACUGCCAGCUAAGGAAGGAGGGACAUGAGGUGGUGGGUGUGUUCACUAUCCCAGACAAGGAUGGGAAACCAGACCCUCUGGGCCUGGCGGCUGAGAAGGAUGGUGUGCCUGUGUUCAAGUUCUCUCGGUGGCGUGCUCAAGGACAGGCUUUGCCCGAGGUGGUGGCCAAGUACCAGGCUCUGGGCGCAGAGCUCAACGUGCUGCCCUUCUGCAGCCAGUUUAUCCCCAUGGAAGUCAUCAACGCCCCCCGGCAUGGCUCCAUAAUCUACCAUCCAUCUCUGCUACCCAGACACCGAGGGGCCUCAGCCAUCAACUGGACCCUCAUUCAUGGAGAUAAGAAAGGGGGCUUCAGCAUCUUCUGGGCUGAUGAUGGCCUGGACACUGGGGACCUUCUGCUCCAGAAGGAGUGUGAAGUACUUCCGGAUGACACCGUGAGCACCCUGUACAACCGUUUCCUCUUUCCGGAGGGCAUCAAAGGGAUGGUGCAGGCUGUGCGACUGAUCGCAGAGGGCACAGCCCCCCGCCUCCGCCAGCCUGAGGAAGGAGCCACCUAUGAGGGCAUUCAGAAGAAGGAGACGGCCAGGAUAAACUGGGACCAGCCAGCAGAGGCCAUUCACAACUGGAUCCGUGGGAAUGACAAGGUGCCAGGUGCCUGGACAGAGGCUUGUGGGCAGAAGUUGACAUUUUUCAACUCAACACUCAACACUUCAGGCCUGGUAGCCCAGGGAGAAGCUUUGCCCAUCCCAGGAGCCCAUCGUCCAGGCAUGGUCACCAAAGCUGGACUCAUCCUCUUCGGGAAUGAUGAUCGAAUGCUACUGGUGAAGAAUAUCCAGCUGGAGGAUGGCAAGAUGAUGCCAGCCUCCCAGUUCUUCAAAGGGUCUGCUAGUAGUGCCCUGGAGCUGACAGAGGCAGAGCUAGCCACUGCAGAGGCUGUGCGGAGCUCUUGGAUGCGAAUUCUGCCCAACAUCCCAGAGGUAGAAGACUCCACAGACUUUUUCAAGUCAGGGGCUGCAUCAGUAGAUGUUGUGAGACUGGUGGAGGAAGUGAAGGAGCUGUGUGAUGGGCUGGAGUUGGAAAAUGAAGACGUUUACAUGGCUACCACCUUUGGGGACUUCAUCCAGCUCCUAGUGAGGAAGCUGAGAGGGGAGGACGAAGACAGCGAGUGUGUCAUCAACUAUGUGGAAAGGACAGUGAACAAGCUGACUCUUCAAAUGCCCUACCAGCUCUUCAUCGGGGGCGAGUUUGUGGAUGCCGAGGGCUCCAAGACCUAUAACACCAUCAACCCAACAGAUGGCAGUGUCAUCUGCCAGGUGUCCCUGGCCCAGGUGAGUGAUGUUGAUAAGGCAGUGGCGGCAGCGAAGGAGGCCUUUGAGAACGGACUAUGGGGGAAGAUAAACGCGCGUGACCGAGGCCGGCUCCUGUACAAGUUGGCGGAUCUCAUGGAACAGCACCAGGAAGAGCUGGCCACCAUUGAGGCCCUGGACGCAGGUGCUGUCUACACACUGGCUCUGAAGACACACGUGGGCAUGUCCAUCCAGACUUUCCGCUACUUUGCUGGCUGGUGUGACAAGAUCCAGGGUGCCACCAUCCCCAUCAACCAGGCUAGACCCAACCGCAACCUAACCUUGACCAAGAAGGAACCUUUUGGGGUCUGUGGCAUUGUCAUUCCCUGGAACUAUCCCCUAAUGAUGCUAUCCUGGAAGACAGCAGCCUGCUUGGCUGCUGGGAACACUGUGGUGAUCAAGCCUGCCCAGGUGACCCCACUCACAGCCUUGAAGUUUGCAGAGCUGACACUGAAGGCUGGCAUUCCCAAAGGCGUGGUCAACAUCAUCCCUGGAACUGGCUCGCCGGUUGGCCAGAGACUCUCAGACCACCCUGAUGUGAGGAAAAUCGGGUUCACAGGUUCCACAGAGGUGGGAAAACACAUCAUGAAAAGCUGUGCCCUGAGUAAUGUGAAGAAAGUCUCCCUGGAGCUGGGCGGGAAGUCGCCCCUUAUCAUCUUUGCUGACUGUGACCUCAACAAGGCUGUGCAGAUGGGCAUGAGCUCCGUUUUCUUCAACAAAGGGGAGAACUGCAUUGCAGCAGGCCGGCUCUUUGUGGAGGACUCCAUUCAUGACCAGUUUGUGCAGAAAGUGGUGGAGGAGGUGAAGAAGAUGAAAAUCGGCAACCCCCUGGACAGAGACACCAACCAUGGCCCGCAGAACCACGAGGCCCACCUGAAGAAGCUGAUGGAGUAUUGCCAGCGCGGUGUGAAGGAAGGAGCCACGCUGGUCUGUGGUGGGAGCCAAGUCCCAAGGCCAGGCUUCUUCUUUCAGCCAACAGUCUUCACAGAUGUGGAGGAUCACAUGUACAUCGCUAAGGAGGAAUCCUUCGGACCCAUCAUGAUCAUCUCCCGGUUUGCUGAUGGGGACAUGGAUGCCGUGCUAUCUCGGGCCAAUGCCACAGAAUUUGGCCUGGCCUCUGGUGUCUUCACCCGGGAUAUCAACAAGGCCUUAUAUGUCAGCGACAAACUCCAGGCGGGCACUGUGUUCGUCAACACAUACAACAAGACUGAUGUGGCCGCACCCUUUGGAGGAUUCAAACAGUCUGGAUUUGGCAAAGAUCUGGGAGAGGAGGCCCUAAACGAGUACCUGCGGGUCAAGACUGUGACUUUUGAGUAUUGA